UCUUUUCCCAUCAGCUAAAAAUCCACAUUUUAAUCUAUUUUUAUCUCUCUCGAUAGCAUUUGGCCCUUCCCCAUUAGCUAAAAGUCGGAAUUCUACUCACCAGACAGUACUCUUCUCUCCCUCUGUUCCUCAAUAAAGCAUAACAGACGAGGGGAAGUGGAAGAAGGAAAGAAUGGAAACUCCACCAUGAAAGCUCCAUCGCUUCCUUGACACCCAUUUCUCUCUUUCUCUUUCUUUCGCUUGCUCGCUCGCUCUCCAUCUAAGUUAAAGUGCUAACUUGAAAAAGGAAGAAUCAUUCCAAAUCCCUUUGCCAUGAACGUUGUCUUACUUGCAGACCACAUCAUUUCUUCUCGUCUCUCACAAUCAGAAGCAACGAAAACGAAUUUCCCCUGAAAAAAAAAUCGUUUUUUUCUCCAAAUGGUGAAGAACCCAUCUCCCCGAGGCCCAGAACCCCUGUCUUACUGGGAGGUUUUGAAGAAGAUCAAUCCUCUUAGACCUCAAGAACACUCUUUGGGCAUUCUUGGCUUUUUCGUUGUUACUGUCUUUUGCUUUCUUUGCUGUUGCUUCUACUUGGAUUACAGGGUAGUUAGUAGCGGUUUUCGGUAUCGUGGGCAGUUGCAGAAACUUAUAUGGUUGGGAUUUGACGGCCCAGGUGAAAGUGAAAGAGUGGGAUUCCUCGAAGUAGGGGGUGAACAGUGUGAUUUGUUCAAUGGAGAGUGGGUUUGGGAUGAACGCUAUCCACUGUACCAGUCCAAAGAUUGCAGGUUUAUCGAUGAUGGAUUUCGGUGUUCUGAAAAUGGUAGGCGUGAUUCUUUCUACACUAAGUGGCGAUGGCAACCCAAAGAUUGCAACUUGCCCAGAUUUGAUGCGAAGGAAAUGUUGGAGAAGCUUCGGAAUCGACGACUGGUAUUUGUUGGUGAUUCAAUUGGUAGAAAUCAAUGGGAGUCUCUGCUUUGUAUGCUCUCAUCAGUAAUUCCUAAUAAGGAUUCAAUCUAUGAAGUGAAUGGCAGUCCAAUCACAAAGCACAAUGGGUUCUUGGCGUUUAAGUUCAGGGACUUCAACUGCACUGUAGAGUAUUACAGAUCCGCAUUUCUUGUGCCGCAGAGUAGGGCACCACGAGGAGUUCCAAGGAAGGUAAAGACAACCCUAAAGUUGGACCAAAUGGAUUGGAGUUCUGUACGGUGGAAAGAUGCAGAUGUGCUUAUCUUCAAUUCCGGUCACUGGUGGAACUAUGAGAAGACCAUUAGAGGGGGUUGUUAUUUCCAAGAAGGGAACGAGGUAAAGCUUGAUAUGAGCGUAGAAAGUGCAUAUCAGAGGUCAAUUAUGACCUUAGUCGACUGGAUUGGUAGGGAAGUGAAUAUGAGCAAGACACAGAUCUUUUUUCGCACCUAUGCUCCAGUGCAUUUCAGAGGUGGGGAUUGGAGGAAUGGGGGAACCUGUCAUCUGGAGACACUACCUGAACUGGGCUCAUCACUGUUGUCAUCCCAAUCUUGGCCCCAGUUCAACAUAGUAGGUGACAUACUACAAUCACACUCAAACAAGACACAAGUGAUGGGUUUAGAUGUAUUGAAUAUAACCCAUAUGACAUCACGGAGGAAAGAUGCUCAUUCGUCCUUGUACUAUCUGGGGCCUAAGGCUAUUGCCCCCAUCCACAGGCAGGAUUGCAGUCAUUGGUGCCUCCCUGGGGUACCUGAUAUAUGGAAUGAACUUCUGUAUGCACUCUUCAUUAAGCGGGAGGUUGCUCGCACUCGGAACUCUACGGUAUCUCCUCAGGCACAAGUGUGAUAUUUGAAGCUCUUUGAUUGCCUACUGGGUGGCACGACUUUUAUAGAUCAGAUUGAUUGCUAGAUAUGGUUAAUUUUUUAGGCCAAUGGUUAGGGAGAUGGGCAUUGUUGUGGUAUGUUCAGAUGAGGUCCCGACAAAGGGUCAAGAGCUUGGAUUUUCUAUCGAAACAGUCAAAUAUGAAGAUGCAGACUCCAAUUUCUGGAGCCUGGUGGAGAUGAUUGAUGCUUCAAACAUACAGAAGCCCAUUUUCCAGGGCAGGUAUGAGCAUUUGAUUUUCUUCACAAUACAAUACGAAGACAAGACAGAGACAUAGAAGAAGCAUGUGAUUUCAACCUGAUCACAUAGUAUUAUUUGUCAAAAGAGAAAUGAUGUAACAGAUAUUCUACUGUUUAUGUAUUGUUAUUUGUAUAGAGAAAGACCAAAAAGUUCUUGCA